UGGGAAGGGCGACCUGGGCGACCCUCCCCCGACGCGGCCCACGGUAGGCGGCCCCUUUCCGCGGGUUAGGUGGAAGCGGCCCCUCUUUCGGUUUGCAAAGCGGUUUGGGUUGUGAAGCUGGAACUGGAACCCAGCUGGCGGGUGGGCACCGACCUCACGGACCUCAUGGCCCACAGAAGGAUCACCAUCCGGGAGCUGGGCGGGUGCAUGGGCCCCAUCUGGCCCAGUUACUAUGGAAACUGCCGUUGUCUCCUGUUUGUGGUGGACGCCUCCAACCCCACCCAGCUCUCUGCGUCCUGCGUGCAGCUCCUGGGCCUCCUCUCCGCAGAGCCGCUCGCGGGAGCAGCCGUCCUGGUGCUCUUCAAUAAAACCGACCUGCCCUGUUACAUGACCGUGGAGGAGAUGAAGUCGUUGAUCAGGCUCCCAGACAUCAUCGCCUGUGCCAAGCAGAACAUCACUGUGGCAGAGGUCAGCGCCCGGACCGGCACUGGCCUGACAGGGGUGCUGCGCUGGCUCCAGGACACCCACAGAACCGGCAGGUGACCCCCAGGUGGGGAGUAGCCGGACCGCUCCGUGGGGAGGAGGCAGAGGACGGCCCUCAGGAAGACAGCUGACCCGGCGUAAGCCAAGACGGCGGGCUUCUGUGUGCCGGGCUGCGGUGAUGGGUAGACCGAGGCACCUGGGUUAUGAACACUCCUGACAGCUGACGCUGGGAUGAAGACCGUCCGGGGCCGGGAGAGCAGGACCGCCCCCCGGAGCGCUGGCCCUCCCAGGGGAGCCUGGAGGGCAGGGGGGCUCCGAUGGGGCCCAGGGGCCGGCAGGCCGGUGCCAGACUCUCCGGGCCAGAGUCCUCAGCCGCUCCCCAUGUGUCUCCACUGCGGCUGAGGGAGCCGGCAGGAGGACUGUUGACGGGUGGGCGCGUCCCAGGGCACCCACAGCAAAGGACCACAAACCGACUUAAAACAACCCAAGUUUCUGAUCACGGCUCUGGAGGCCAGAAGUCUGAAGUCCAGGCGUUGCGACUGGGGUGUCCGCAGGGUUGGGCCCUGCUCCUGGAGGCCCCGAGGGAGGACCGUCCCCGGCCUGUCCCCCAGCUCCUAGUGGUGGUGGUAAUUUGGGGGUCCUUGGCCCGGGGCUGGCUGAACGUGCAUCUCCACCUCUGUCCUCGCACACGGCCUUCUCCUGAGGACACCUGCCGUUGGACUUAGGCCCCGCCCCAAAUCCAGGGUGCCCCCGAGGUCUGUGAUUACCUCGGCAAAGGCCGUCUCCAAAAAAGGUCGCAUUUGCACGUUCUGGCGGUUACAGCUUGGACGGAUCUUUUGGGGGCCACUCUCCAACCCACUCUACUGUGCAGGGAGCGAACUGCCCGAGUGUGGUUGGCCGCGUCGGGCCUCGCGGCGCCUCUGGCCCUUCACCGCCCACAGCCUGGCACCCCCCCCCCCCAUGAGACUCGCCCCGAGAGAUCAUUCCUGAGUACGCCGCUGAGCAGCCGUCCACGAGAAUGACCUCCACCUGGAGGUGGGGCCCUCCUAGCUUUCAGACCCCCGGCUUCGGGAUUUGAGCAAAGCCCGGUUAAAAUCAUGAAGUGUUCAAAGGGCCUCUAAGCUGUCACUCAUCGGUUCUCUAGCUGAGGGGUAAGAACCCCAGCAAAAGGGGGAGCACGGUGUGAGCUCUGGGGCUGGGCCUUGGGGCACCCGCAGGCUGGAGGCCCCCCUCUUUACUUCUGAAUCGUGGACACCAUGUUCUACAUACUCAAAAAGUGAAUUGAAUCAACAAAAUAAAAACAGCAACUGAAAACGAAGAAGGAACCUCCUGAGGUGCCAUCGGAGCCCAGCAGCAGGUCCGCCAGCUUUUGUUGAACUGAAGCCCUCAGCUUCGCCCUACACUGUGUCCGCACUCUUCACAGCAGACCCACUGUGUGUGUGUGUGUGUGUGUUGCAGGGUGAACUAUUAUAUCUGUGAGGCGUUUUCAGGGUAAAGGAUGUGAACAGAAGAAAACCAAUUAAACUUUAAUAGCACCCCCCCCCCCACAACAAUACAAACUCAUACCUGAAGGUA